UAAUAUGUAGUACUUUUUCAUUUAGCUAAAUUUAUGACUAAUACGCUUUAUAUAAUCCAUGUGAAACUGCCAUAGUUUAGUGAAAUAUAACAAAUAGUGACUUUAAAAAACUCUUUACAUGGAAUUGGAAAAGACAUGCACUCUACUGGUUUGCACGGGUUGGGUUCUCUGGGUUGUCGGGUUCACUAGCUUCUUACUCCGGGUCUUUUUUUAUACUUACCCAGCUGCCAGCUCUACCCGGAGAUGAGCUAGACUUUGGUUUGUCUCUUAAGUAUGGGAAAUUGUGCCAGCACUGAUAAAGAAUUAGAUGCUGGCAAACCUAGCGUAAUGGGGAAUAAUCAAUCUAACGAUUUCCGUCCUGACAACAGUAGGACGGAUCGUAUCAGGGCCCAGGACAAACAGGACAACGGGAAGAAGAAUGGAUACAGGACGCAGCUGUCGACUGGGCAGUCCCCCAGCCAUGGAGCGGCGUCCGUCCCGGUCCUACCAGUUCCGGCGCAGCCUAGUCGAAUGGGUAACUUGAAAGGGCGGAUAGUGGUGGCCCUGUAUACAUACCAGGGCUCAGAGUUCGGAGAUAUGAGCUUUAACAAGGGUGACCAGAUGGAGAUCUUAGAUGAUACUGAUCCUGACUGGUGGGUGUCUAGGCACCUUGGUACAGGGGAGACAGGACAUAUACCCAGAAACUACGUCGCUCUCCAGAGCUCAAUAGAGUCGGAAGAAUGGUUUUGCGGACAAAUCAGCCGACGAACUGCAGAGGAAUACCUAAUGGCGCACACAAAUGCGCGAGGUGUUUUCUUAAUCCGCGAGUCUGAACAAAAUCCUGGUGGAUUCGCACUGAGUAUAAAGGACUGGGACCAGGAGCGGAGUUAUCACGUGAAACAUUACAAAAUCAAACCUUUAGACGCUAACCGAGGUUAUUAUAUAACAACGCGGCAAACCUUCGCUUCAUUACCUGAAUUAGUCAAAGGAUAUCAGACUGCUCUUUGUAAAGGAUUAUGUUGUCAGCUGACCAAACCUUGUCCUAAACCCACCCCCAAGGAGGGCCGGAGUAACGCCCUUGAAUACGCUACCAGGGAUCAGUAUGAGAUUCCCAAGUCGCAGAUUACGUUGUUACGAAAGCUGGGCGCGGGUAAUUUCGGUGAGGUUUGGAAGGCGCAGUGGCAGGGUCGGCUGGAUGUAGCGGUUAAAACAUUGAAACCAAACACAAUGUCUCCAGAGGCAUUCCUUCAGGAAGCUGAGAUCAUGAAGAAAUUUUCUCACCCUCAUCUUGUUGCUAUGUACGCGGUGUGUACCGAGCAGGAGCCCUUCUUCAUCAUCACCGAGUAUAUGUGCAACGGUGCCCUCUUGGACUUCUUGAGGAAGGAAGCGGAAGGAGGAGGGAAACUUCUCUUUGAUUCUCAUAUAUCCAUUGCGGCACAGGUUGCUAGUGGUAUGGCACACUUGGAGCGUAAAGGACUAAUCCAUCGAGAUCUAGCAGCUCGUAAUGUUCUCAUCGGAGAGAACUUGAUUGCCAAAGUGGCAGACUUUGGUCUUGCCAGGGUUAUUGUAGAUAACGAAUACUCAGCACAUCAGGGAGCCAGGUUCCCUGUAAAGUGGACUGCUCCUGAGGCAAUACAGUUUGGAAAAUUUACAGUAAAGUCUGAUGUUUGGUCCUACGGUAUUCUUCUCAUGGAACUCUUUACAUACGGACAGGUUCCAUAUCCGGGAAUGAACAACCGUGAGACAAUAGAGCAGGUUGAGAGAGGAUACAGGAUGGCUCAACCAGUGCAUAUUGUGUACCCGGAGUCUAAAACACACCCAAAGGAGGUCGUUGCUGCACAAGCCAAUGUAUAUAAGAUAAUGCUUGAAUGUUGGAAGACUGAUCCGUACAAGCGCCCGACCUUUGAAUUUCUCGCUCAUAUGUUUGAGGACUUCAAUAUCACCUCACAACCACAGUACAUGGAGUAGAUUUACAGUAUACAGUGAAAUCUAGCUUCACAGUUUCAUCUAGUUGUACAAUGUACAUCAUAUAGCAGUACGGUAGACAACAUCUAGCUGUACAGUAGACAACAUCUAGCUGUACAGUAUACAGUAUCUAGUUGUACAGUACACAAAAUCUAGCUCUACAUUAAAUCAACCUUCAAGUCUACAGUGGUUAGUGUAUGUGUUACAUUGGAUAUAUGAACACCAACUCACUGCACCUGUUCAUUGUUUACAUUAAUUUAUUAAUUAAGUACAUGAUUUCCCGUCUGUACAUGCAGCUCUCAUAAUAGUACUAUAAUACAGUUACCCUGAACUAGUAGUAGUAAGUACAACUUCUUCCAGCAACUAAUGUACACCGUACUAAUGUAUUGUACACAAUCCAUUCGCAUUAUUUUCAAAGGUUUAUUUAUAACCUUCACUUACAGCUACGUGACGUAGUAAAAACAAUAACAGGCUUUACACCUGGUAAACUUCAAGUACAGUUGUACAGUUGUACAUAAACAUUAUUCUUCCAGGUUUUUCAAGUGAUCAAUUUAUUUAUGUUGUGACGUGAUUUUGUGAAAAAUAUCCAAACUUUGGACUCUCUUGACUAGAUCUAAUUAAAGAUCUCUCUUUCUCGCUCUCUUAUUAUUCAAAUUAUACAUUUGAUGUAUGAUGCAAGGCAUUUAUUAUUGGGUCUUUUACUGAAAGAAAAAAGUCUCAUUUCUUAUUUACAAAUUGUGAAACUUGGUUUCGGGAGAUUGCAAUGUUUAACUCAAUAUUACCUAUAUCAAUUUUAUAUUUAUAUUCACAUUUUAAAUAUUUUUAUUUUAUCUUCUGUUUCUCAGAAUAUGUCCUUUUCCUUCCCUUCAUUGUAGAAUAAGAAGCUCUACUAUAGUUACCUUCAGCCCAUGUUUUAUGGUGUUAUGUUGCCUUGUCACAACUCUAUUCCAUUUCAUGAGAAAACAAAACAAAGGGAAAAUCUAAGCAUUCCCCAAACAAAUUAAACUGUAUCACUUGCAUUUUUUGAAAAAAUGACCCGUGUUUAAAAUCUAAAACAAAAAUUUCCCCCCCAAAUUUAUGCAAUUUCUAGAAUGAAACCAAAACAUGUCUAUGUGGAUGUAUGUACCAAACAUGAAUAAUCAGUACAACAUUAGGCAUAAUAUGUACAAGGAUGUGUACUCUGUUGAAUUCUGUUUUGAUUUGUAGCAAAGCAUUUGGCUUGAAUUUUCAUGCCUAGGCUGAUACAAGAAAAGAUCCGAGGUGUCCCAAAUACUUUUUAUCCAAAUUUUAAAUCCAUCAAAUUGGAAAUAUAUGCAUGCAGUAAAAUUUACAUUACGAUUUUUAAAAAUAAAUUAAGUUUUUUUUGGGACACCAUGUAAAUAAACAAGGCAGCUUAAUUUAAUAAGUAGCUGAUAAUCUUGUAUAUUCAUGAAUCUUUGACUAUUACAGAUCUAAAAUUACAAAGCAAUAAUUUUAUUUUAAAAAUAGAAAUAUUUCAAGUUCUCAAAUUAUAACACUGCUGUUACACACUCAAAACUGAAUGUCAUGAAUUGUCUAGUCAGUCGUAAAUAUUGAUAAUAUUUUAAACUUUAAUCCUCAGGGGUGGUGGGAGAGGGGGAGUUAUGCAUUAUUGUAAACAUGCUUUCGCCUAUAUGUCUUUUUGUAUGCUUUGUAAACAAUUGGCCUAAAGCCUGAUUUUAUGAAUAUUUGUGCAUUCCUUCCCUUGUAUUUUUUACUCGUUUCUGUUCUUAUGUAUCGUGAAGAGCUUCUCUGUUGUUCAUAAUCUUCAAAAUGUUUUAUCCGACUUAUAAACUGAAUCCUGUCACAUAGAAGUCUUAAUUGUUCAUUGUAUAUUUUUUAAAUCUAUGAAAAUUGAUCAAUGAUCGGUUUAACAGGCAUAAUUUUUUCUUAAAGUUCACCCNCCGGUUAAUACUUG